AUGGCGGCAGCGGCGGUGGUGGCGGCAACGCCAGCGGCGGGGGCCGAAGCCCGGGAGCAGCUGCAGCCGCCGCCCGAGCCGCAGCCCGGCUUGGGCGAGGUCCGCUGCUCUCUGUUGGUGAUCGUGGGUGGGGAGUGCAGCCGGCCCGGCCUGCUGGACUAUGUCCUGGCGGAGCUGGAGCGAGGGAUCCUCUCCUGGGACAUUGACCCUGUGUCCUGCAACCUGGACGAGCAACUGAAACUGUUUGUCUCCCGCCACUCAGCCACCUUCUCCAGCAUCGUGAAAGGUCAGAGGAGCCUCCACCACCGCGGAGAUGUCCUGGAGACACUGGUGCUGCUGAACCCUUCGGACAAGUCCCUAUGUGAUGAGCUCCGGAACCUUCUCACCGACUCCUCCAGCUACAAGCUGCUGGUGUUUGCGGGCCCCUGUGUGGAGGAGACGGGGGAGCUCCUGCUACAGACUGGCUGCUUCUCCCUCCGGGACUUCAUCCAGAUCUUCGCUGACAAGGAGAUCGGGGAACUGCUGAGCUCUGCUGACCCCUCAGUCCGCCUGAGCCUGACCAUCACCUGCCCAGACUUCGGGGAGUGGACGGACCCCAGCCUGGCCCAGCACAGCCUGCAGGACUUCAUCCAGCUGCGCCUGAACCCACCGCAGACCCUACCUGGCUCGGAGGGGCUUCAGGAGUUCCUGGAGUACCUGUCUGAGUCCCUGGAGCCACCGUCACCCUUCGAGCUGCUGGAGCCUCCUGCCAAACUGGGAUUCCUGAAGCUCUCCAAGCCCUGCUGCUACGUCUUCCCCGGCGGCCAGGGCGACUCGGCCCUGUUUGCCGUCAACGGCUUCAAUGUCCUGGUCAACGGUGGCUCCAAUGCCAAGUCCAGCUUCUGGAAACUGGUGAGGCACCUGGACCGGGUGGAUGCCGUGCUGGUGACCCACAGUGGCACUGACAGCCUGCCCGGCGUCAACAGCCUGCUGCGGCGCAAGCUGGCAGAACAAGAGGAGGAGCCGGUGGUGGUGGCGGCAGCGGCGGCGGCGGCAGCGGGGACAGCGGCUGGGGCAGCCGCCCAGGGGGAGGAUUGGCUGAGAAACCUGAUAUCGCCGGAGCUGGGUGUGGUGUUCCUGAAUGUGGCGGAGCGGCUACGGGGGGCCCAGGGGGACUCGCGCCUGCUGCGCAGCUGUGACGAGGUGAGCCUGACCCUGGGCUACUUGGAGCGGCUGGGCCUUGAGGCCGUGCCACUCUGCCGGGGGCCAAGCCCAGCUGAGCCCACUGUGCUCUUCCAGAAGAUGGGCGUGGGGCAGCUGGACUUGUAUGUGCUGCACCCGCUCAAGGGCAGCAAAGAGCUGGAGUUCCUGCAGCGCCACUGGGCUGGGGAGGCCGGGCCCCGGGGGCCGGAGCCGCUGCCUCUGCCCUGCCUGACGUCGGUGUGUGCCCUGUUGGUGUGGCACCCAGUCAGCCCCACAGAGAAGAUCGUGAGGGUGCUCUUCCCCGGCUGCACGCCUCCGGGCCGUGUCCUGGAGGGGCUGGGCAAGCUGCAGCACCUGGCUUUCUUACGGCAGCCUGUGGUCACCCAGCGGGACCUGGCGACCCCCAGGCCCAAGCGGACAGAGAGCAAGGAGAGUGUCAAGUCGUCGACCUCCCGAGGUGGCCUGCCCGAGGGCCGCAGCAGUGUCAAGGUGGCACGCCCGGCGGCCAAGGAAAAGCCCAAAGGCCCGGCCGAGGAGAGGGUAAGGGCCAGGCCCGAGGCCGAAAGGGCCAAGCCGGAGGCGGAGAAGGCCAGGCUCCGCAAGGAGAAGCCUCCGCCCACCAAGAAAGAGGCCCGCUCGGAGGAGCGGCCAGGCCGAAGAGAGGACGGGGUGCCGGCGAAGGAGACGAGGGCCAAGCCUGUCCGGGGGGAAACUAAGAAGGACCCCAGCGCAGAAGAGCGCAAGGUUGGGAGUGUGAAGCCUCCCAUCCGGGAGGUACGGCGGCCCCUCCUGGGGGCUGCCGGUGGCCCGAAGAAGGGUGGUCCCGGCGCCAGGAGUGGCGAGAAGGCCUUAGCCAGGGUGCCCAAGAGGAACCCCAUGGUGGCCACAACAGGUGGCUCUGGGGUGGGGGGCCCUGAGGGUGGGGAGGGGGCGGCCUCCUUGCCCCCAGGGAGCGGCGAGGGGGCCGCUGUGGGGGAGAGUGGUCCCGAGAGCCUUACCCGCUUCCGCGGCGGGGAUAGCAGCCCCCUCCAUGGGUUGGGGUCUCUGUCGCCCCUGGUCAAGACCCCCCGCAGUGAGCAGAGUGUGAUCCUGGGGAUGACCCCUCCUGCCGAAGUGCUCCCCGACUCCAUGGGGGAGCUGGGUGAGGAUGCUUGCGGCAGUUCUGAAGAAAAGACCCUGGAGAUGAUGUCUCCGGCCAGCUCGGAGCACACGCCUUCCCAGCCCUCCUCCGAGGCCUAUUCAGGCCCGCCUCGAGCCCCUGGCUCCUGGCGGCCCCCCGAGAGUGCAGAGCGCCUGUCGCUGAGCCCCUUCCGGGAGGAGGGGCCCGAUGUCUCCCCAACAAUCACCACCCCUUCGCUACCGGCCGAGGUUGGCUCGCCGCACUCCACGGAGGUGGACGAGUCGCUUUCCGCAUCCUUUGAGCAGGUGCUGCCGCCCGUGAGUGAGAGUGAGCCCGCACCCCCGCCCCUGGGUCCCACCCCAGAGCCUGAGCCGGGCAAGGCGGGCUUGAGCUUGCCCCUUCGGGGCCCCCAUCCAGCCAGGGAUGGCCCGGCCCCCCGCCGGGGGCCCCGUUCGGACUCACCCCAUGAUGUGGAUCUGUGUCUGGUGUCGCCCUGUGAGUUUGAGCACCCCAAGUCGGCCCUGUCACCCUGUGCUCACCCGAGCCCCCGGGACCUGUCCAACGACAGCAGUGCCCUGUCCCAGGAGCCGGCCCUCCGGCCGCCAGGGGGCCUCCCUGACGAGACUCCCCCCACCUCAGUGAGCGAGUCACUGCCUACCCUGUCAGACUCAGACCCACCCCCUGCCCUGGAGGCUGGGGGCGACCCCUCCCCAGCCCCCGACUUGGGGCUGGAGUCGGAUGAGGACACGGAGAGCUUGGGCAGGGCCCGGGACCCCCCUUCGGCCCCCAUGAAGGAUCCACACCCGCUGCCCGCCCAGCCGGGCAUCUGCAUGGUGGACCCUGAGGCCUUGGCCCCCGACUUGGCCCGGCGGCGUCAGAGCCUCAGUCGGGCCCGCAGGCCCCUGUCCGGGGUGGGCCUGGGUCCUGCCUCACUGAAGGCUGAGUCUCUCAAGCCUCCAGCCUCGAAGGCCAAGAUGGCAGCUGCCCCCCGCCAGUCGGCAGACCGAGGGGCCCGGGCCCCCAGCACAAGAAGUGAGCAAGUGGACAAGGGUGCUCGCCCUGGCCCCGACGCCCGCAGGACCCAGGCAGGGUGGGGAACGGGCAGUGCUGGGGGGAAGCCUGCCUCCCGGGCCACCUUGGGGUCAACAUCAGCCUCAAGCAGGGUGGGGGCCCCUGGCUCCCCCGUGUACCUGGACUUGGCCUACGUGCCCGGUGGGAACAGUGCCCGCCUUGUGGAUGAGGAGUUUUUCCGCCGGGUGCGCUCCUUCUGCUAUGUCAUCAGUGGCGACGACCACGGCAAGGAGGUGGCUAUGAAGGGCAUCCUGGAUGCGCUGCUGGCUGCCAAGCAGCAGUGGGAAAGUGACAUCCAGGUGAUCCUGAUCCCGACCUUUGACUCUCCGGUGAUGCAGGAGUGGUACCAAGAGACCCAUGAGCAGCAUCAAGACCUGGGUAUCACCGUCCUGAGUAGCAAGAGCACAGUGGCCAUGCAGGAUGAGACCUUCCCUGCCUGCAAGGUGGAAUUCUAGGUGGUUCCCUCAUCCUCCUCUGCAACCAUUAUCCCUCCCCAGUCUAGGCUGCCACGCACUGGCACUGGAGUCCUCGGGGUGUCCCCCUUGGCCCCAAGAGCAGACUUUGGUGGGGGAGGGGGAAUGGGGGAUGGGGACCCAUUUAAAGGGGCCAGUAAAGUUUUGUUUUCAUGCUUCAUUUAAAGCUGCUCCAUGCUGGGAGGGUUGGUGUGAAGGGAGAAGGGUGCAAGGGGUGGCAGAAGAGCUAAAGAGGAGAGACAAGAGGGCAAAGUUCAUUUACUCUUUUUCCUCACUCCUGAGCUUCAACUAAUGCCACUCCCACCCCAGUUCAUAACUCUAAUGAUCUCAUCUCCCCUGCCUCCUUCAUUCCCUCACUUCUUGGUGCUCCCCCAGGCUUGCUUUCCCAUAGCCUGGGGCAGGAGACCAAAAAGCAACUCCUUCUCCCACCCCCUUCUUGUAGCAUAAAGGAACCAAGCACAAGCCUCCCCUCCCCCAAAACACUAAGCUGUUCUGUGUCUGACAGGCUUUCGGCUUUGAUGUGAUAUUUGUCCUUUGUGCAGAAACCAAAAAACAGCCUCCUUCCCCUCUCCUCUGCCAUGGUGCUGAGCUCAGGGAGCAGGAGUAAAGGAGGUGGGCUGAAGGGGUGUGUUCCUCCCAUCCCUUUGACAUGGGGCUCUAGACUGGAGCUAUGCCUCUGGAGGUGAUAUUG